AUGUCUUUGUCACCAGAUGACUCACCAAUACGGCUUUCGGCGGUCAAGAGAAAGCGAGCCUACACAAGACAGCUUCUAGGAAAUGAGUAUCAGAAGUUGGUCACCGAGCUCCUCACCCCGCCACAGCCAAAAGCACAUUUUCAAGACUAUGGUAAAUCCCAUAUCAUCUAUGGGCUACGCUAUGUGGAUACUACCUUCCAAAAUCCCACUCGAGUUCUCUCCAUCACCGGAAGAGCUGCCCUCAGAAUUUAUAAAGAUGCCUGCGCAGACUAUCUCGAUAUUUGUAGCCAGCAUGUUGAGAGAAUCGACCUGAUCGCCCAGAUUUGGAGCUAUGAACAAGCUCUUGGGUACACAAAGGUGCUGAUUGCUACUUUCGGUAAAAAUCUGACGGAACUCUCGCAAAAUCUGAUCCACCUCAAGCGCAUGUCUUUUUAUGCCGAGAUUAUAUAG